CUUCUCUUCGCCAGUAAACGGGCGGAGAUCGACGGCGAGGCGACGGCAGAAAUUACCCGAAACCGGGCGGUACAACGAACCGAGUCGGUCCGAAGCGUUAGCCGAUGAGUUGAUGGACUGCCUGCUGAUCAAUGGUUAUGGUAUCGAUCAGGCUCGCGUAGGUUUGCCCGGGUCGCGCGGCUCAAAGAUGGAGGACAAAGCGGCGCGGGAGGACGCCUGCCGGGAGUACCAGUCCUCUCUGGAAGACCUGACGUUCAACAGCAAGCCGCACAUCAACAUGCUCACCAUCCUGGCCGAGGAAAACCUCAACUUCGCCAAGGAUAUCGUGGCAAUUAUUGAAGCGCAAAUCAGCAAGGCCCCCUCCACCGAGAAGCUUCCAGUUUUGUACUUAGUGGAUUCCAUAGUGAAGAAUGUUGGAGGAGAGUACCUUGCAGUGUUUGCUAAAAACCUAAUCACUUCAUUUAUAUGUGUCUUUGAAAAGGUGGAUGAAAACACUAGAAAGAGUCUGUUCAAGCUGCGCUCCACGUGGGACGACGUGUUCCCGCUCAAGAAGCUGUACCUGCUGGACGUGCGGGUCAACUCCAUGGACCCGGCGUGGCCCAUCAAGCCGCUGCCGCCCACCGUCAACGCCAGCAUUCACGUCAACCCAAAGUUCUUAAAGCAGUCGGAGGAGGGGUCUCCCCCGCAGCCCGCCUCCGCUCAGCCUUCGCCGCCGCAGCCUCCGCCGGCGGCACCGGCGGCGCCCGCUCCCCCGCCGGCCGCCGCCGCCGUCAGCCAGUCGAGCCUGACUCAGGAGCAGCUGAUCCGACAGCAGCUGCUGGCCAAACAGAAACAGCUGCUGGAGCUGCAGCAGAAGAAGAUCGAGCUGGAGCUCGAGCAGACCAAAGCUCAGCUGGCUGGAGGGUUUGUGAUGCCGACGCCGACUCCGGUGGCGCCGAGCACACCGCCCAAGACGGGCAGCCAAACGGCCCCCGUGGUCCGGCCCUGGGUCCCCGUGGGUCAGACUCAGACGGACGCCAAGGUGCCCACCAGAGACCCCCGACUGAACCGCAGCGCACCCCCCGCCGCCUCACAGCCCAAAGAACAGCCUGCUGGGAAGAAAGACGGCGCCGCCACUCCUGAGAAAUCCACCCGGCCGGAGAAGGCCCGGACGCCCAAGAAGGAGGCGUCUGAGGACAAGGACAAGUCCAAGUCCAAGUCUCCGUCUCCACUUGCCAAAAGCGUCCCGAGUAAAACCAAACAGCCGGAGGCCGAGAAGUCAGCAGACAGCACCAAGAAAGACCCCAGGCUGAAGAAACGCACGCAGGACAAGAGCGGGGACGCCAAGGAUGACGAGCAGAAGGAGAAAAAGAGGUGCACCGAGAAGAAGGAGCGCGAGGGCGCCGCCCGGGGGCCCGACCGAGGGUCUGACCGAGGGUCUGACCGGGGGCCCGACCCUCAGAGGUUACACAAGGGGAAGCUGGUGAACGGUUCGGUGACAAAACACGACCGCGACGAGCCGGCUGACAAACCCGAGUUCAAGACGGGAGGCAACGCCCGUACGCACGCACGCAAACGUACCCGCUCCCGCUCCAGGUCCCGCUCCCCCACCGCCUCCCCGAAGAGGAAGGACAGACGGUCCCCCAAGAGCAGAGCCCGCAGCAGCUCCCUGUCCCCGUCCCCGUCCCACAAAGCCAGCAAACCCAGGAGGGCCUGUGCCGACGAACCCGACCACGGCAAGCCCCGAGACCCCCGCCCCGCACCCAAGAAGAACCAAUCAGAGAGCAGGAGGUCAAAGAGGCCGGCGGAGGACCGCCACUCCGAGUCUAGAGAGUCUCACUCGCCACGGAGCCACGACGCAGGAGGCAAGGACGCUAAGGACGCUCCUCACCGCUGGAGGAGCGGCUGGGAAGAAAACAAACAUACGAAGCUGCCGGAGGAGCCUCACCUGAAGCCUUCAGCUCCUCAGAGACACAAACAGCACAGUGGCCCGCCUCGUCCCACCACCCCCCGCACGCCCAAGCACCGCCUCAGCGUCGACGCCAACCUGCAGAUCCCCGAAGUCCUUAACUCCGCCUCCAAGAAGGACCUGCUGAGGAGGGCGAGUAAGCGUCUGGAGAGCGGCGAGAUCACCGAGGAGGACUUCCUGAACAUGGCCCACAAGAUCAAACACUUCUUCCAGUAUCAGGAGGAGAAGCAGCAGCGCUCCGACAGCUGGGACGACUCCGCCGACUUCCCCGCCAAGAAACCGCCGCUGCUGACCACGCCGGCCCCCGCCGCCCUGCCGCGGCCCCUCGAGGACAUGGACCCGGCGGAGCUGUCAUACUACGAACACAAGUCCAAGCUGAGGAAGACGCAGGUGACCCACCGAAACCACGGAGAGGAGUGGGAGGCGGAGGAGAGUCCGGAGGAGGGCGAGGAUUCAGGACAGGGCGAGAAGACGGGUGGCGGCCGCGGCGCCGGACACCCGCCAUCACAUAAAUACAGCCGGGUGCCACGAGACAGACAAGGUGAGCGGGGGAGUAAAGAGCGCGAGGAGCCCCGGGCCCCGCUCGGCCCCAUGAUGAUUGAGGAGUACCACCACGGCGCCAAAGAGUUCCCGCCCCCCCUUAAGUCUCUGCCGGGCCUUCGCUUCAGGAGGAGAGCCGACCCCCGAGAGUCCAGUGAGCGGGAGUGGACGUCUCCGCUGACGGAGCGCCAGCGCGAGGAGCAGAAGAGCGGCUAUGACGCUCCGCGGAGAUUCGGCCCACCUGCCGACUCCAGACUCGCCGACCCGCGGAGGCCGGAGGGGGCCCCCCCCGCCGGGGCCACGGUGCUCAGGAACUGUCCCAGCCCGGCGGGUGUGGAGGCGCCGCGGUUCGAGCGUGAGCGUCUGUCGCCGCUGCACCAGAAGGACUCAGCAGAAAUGAGCCCGGUCCCCCGCUUCGAGAGCCCCAACAGUGAACACUCUGAUGAUGGGCCCCUGGAGGCCCCGCCUCUUCCCCCUCCUCCCAAAUCCAUCCUGAAAGUGCCAGGCCGCUCGGGGCCCCUGUCCUCUGUCCGCCAGCACAGUGUCCCAGGACACACGCCACCUCACGACGGGGGGCACCCGCCCGCACGCUACGAGGGGCCUGGCCACAUGGGCCCCUCCAGACCGCACGCUCCAGGGUGGUACGAGGGCAGUGGCCCUGUGCGCUACGAGGACUCAUCACGAUUUGAGGCGCCGCACCACGCAGGCCCCAGCAGGUUCGACGGGGGGCCGCCUCAUCACAACCUGCCAGAGCGAUUUGAGGGGCCCCACAUGUCUCUCGGUCCGGUCAGAGGCGGGGACAGCAUCAGCCGCCUUGACGGGCCCCCUCACCCUCAGGGCCCAGGGAGGUUUGAUGGACCCAUCAGUCAGCAGCCCCCGGUUAGGUUUGAGGGCCCAAUUCAGCGCUUCGAGGGCCCGCUACGCUUUGACAACAACAUGGCCCUGGGCCCUGGAGCUGGACCAAUUGGCUUCCAGCAGCCGCGGCCCCUGCGCUUCGACGGCCCUCCAAACCAGAUGGGCCCCAUGAGGUUUGAGAACCCCAGUCAUAUGCGCUUCGAUGGGCCCGUUCAGCCGGGGCCCAGGUUUGACUUACCCAACGUAGCCCACCAAGGCGGGCCCCCACUGUAUGAGGGGCCCCUGAGGUUCCCCCAACACAACCUGCAGCCCCCUAUGAGACCCCUGGCCCCACCCAUCUAUGACAGUCCCCUGGGCCCCCAGCAGAACUUCAACAUGGGCCCCCAGCGCUUCCCGGAGCCCCUGAACCCUCAGUUCCAGACGGGUCCGAUGGCGUUCCCGGCGGGGCCCAACCUGCAGCCAGGGGGAAGCUUCAACAUGCAGCCGGGGCCGCCCUUCAGCCAGCCGGGCCGGCCCUUCUACAACCCCGCGGCCCCCGCCGUCAGCAUGCCGCAGCCGGUGAACCUGUUGGGGAACCCGUCGCAGCCGUUCCUGCCUCAGAGCUCGGCGCCGUUCACUCAGACUCCGCAGGUCGUCCCCACAGAGAAUCACUUCGGUCAGGUCGACGUUAACGACCUGCUGACCAAACUCAUCUCCACCGGCAUCAUCAAACCCUCGCAGCCCGACGCCGCGCCGGCCCCUGGCUCCGAGUCGGCCUCGGUGGCCUCGGCGGCUCCUCCUGCGGUCGAGGAGGAGGAAGAGGAGGCCGAGGAGGCGGAGGAGGACGAGGACGUUGACGUCCCGGACCUCACCAGCUUCUCCCUCGACGACAUGAAACUGCGUUACGAGAGCGUGGUCACGAAGCUGUACUCGGGGAAUCAGUGCUGCCUGUGCAGCAUGAGGUUCACCGCCGCUCAGACCGACAUGUACGCCGACCACCUGGACUGGCACUUCAGACAGAACCACGCCGGCAAGGUCGCCAGCAAGAAGAUCACACACCGCCGCUGGUACUACACACUCAGGGACUGGAUCGAGUUCGAGGAGAUCGCCGACCUGGAGGAGCGAGCGAAGAGUCAGUUCUUUGAGAAGGAGAACGAGGAGGAGGUGCAGAAGAGUCAGGGCGCCAAGGAGAAGGAGUUUCAGAGCGUCAAGGCCACCAAGGACCAAGUGGGGGAGUCGUGUGAAAUCUGUCAGGAGCCGUUUGAGACGUACUGGGUGGAGGAGGAGGAGGACUGGUUCCUGAAGAACGCCGUCAGAGUCGACGACAAGAACUUCCACCCCGCCUGUUUUGAGGAUUAUAAAAACACGUCGUACCUCGACGUCACGCCGUCGCCCAACAAGCUGCUCAGCGAACACCCACUGAGCGCGUUUAUAAAGACCGAGGCAGAAGAAGAGGGCUCUUCCUGUGCUGUCGCCGCCACCGCCGCCGCCUCCGCCUCCGCCGCCACCGCCUCGGUCAAACAGGAAGUGGAGAGCGAGGCGAGCGAGCUGCCAGCUGUGAAAAAAGAGGAGGAGGAGGUUUUAACGGACGAAGUGCAAUGUGCCGAGAGCAGACAGUGAGGCGCCGCCGCUGCUCUCGCCGCCGCCACGUCUCCGGUUUCCAGAGGAGGCGGCGUUUUUAGUGUGCGGGGGCGGGGCCCUCCGCAGCGACGAUAAAGUUGAAUACAUUUUUGUAUUUGGAUUCUGG